CAGUAGCGCAGAAAUUGAGAAGUGGCUGCUGCUAGUGCUUCAGCGCUAUAUGCUGAUCCCUACGAUCGUUAUCGCUUUAUACCGAGCGUUUUGGACUCGAUAAAACAGUGCGUGUUUAACCCUUUCGACCCCUGAAAACACCGCUUCAAGACGCACUGUUAGGUUUCUGUUGUCCACCGUUGCGGUGCGUAAACUCCGCGAAACGUUUUUUUUAGAUCCAUCAAAUAAGUGCCCCUUUCCCGAUUUACAAACAUGUAGGGCGAAGUCAAGUGCUAUGCCUUCCUUAUGAUAUGCAUAUUAUCCAAUCGAUUAUCUAGAGUUAGAUUAGGCUGCUACGUGGAAUCUUUUUGCAUGGGGGCAGAGCGAGUGAAUACGUGCGUUUUUAAGUCUCCCGACUAAACCCUAGUGAACCGUGCGUCAUCACAACCAUGGCAAGGCAUGCAGUGCUUUCCUCGGGGGCAGGGGUCUGGAGGUCUCUCGCCUGUGCCAGAUCAGAGCUGAGACUGGACCUUACACUUGGCUGUGGACAGAGCUUCCGUUGGAGAGAGACCAGUGAUGGUUACUGGACAGGUGUGAUGGGAGGACGCGUGUGGACUCUUACACAGACAGAUGAUACUUUGUUGUACCAUGUCUACAAUAAGCAAGGUGGGCAGGAAGAGGGUUAUGGCAGGAAGAGGAAAGCUUGCGCUUCAGUUCAGGGGCUGAAUAAGUCAGAGAAGAGAUUAAAAGGAGCUCUCAAGCAGGAGGAAGUGGAGAAGCCGGUGGAUGUGACCCUUGAGCAGGACGUGAAGGAGGAAGACAUGCUGACAGAUUACUUGCAAUUGAAUGUGAAGCUUGGCGAGCUAUACAAGGAGUGGGGGGCAGCAGAUCCUCACUUCAAGAGUAUUGCCAACAUCUUCACCGGUGUAAGAAUGCUGCGCCAGGACCCCACGGAAUGCUUAUUUUCAUUUAUUUGCACUUCCAACAACCAUAUUUCCCGUAUCCAGGGUAUGGUAGAGAGGCUGUGUCAGUCUUUGGGCACCUUGCUUUGCUGUCUGGAUCAAACCAGCUACUAUGAUUUUCCUUCCCUGUCCACACUUGCAGACAGCAGCGUAGAGGCCUGUCUGAGGGAUCUGGGUUUUGGAUACAGGGCCCGGUUCCUGCAGCAGAGUGCAAAGCAGAUCCUGGAUACCCAUGGGCCCCAAUGGCUUCAGGGUCUACGAAGUGUCCCAUAUCUGCAGGCCCGUGAUGCUCUGCGCACGCUACCCGGUGUUGGAAUCAAGGUGGCAGACUGUGUGUGUCUGAUGUCCCUUGAUAAGACCGACGCUGUUCCCGUGGACACCCAUGUGUGGCAGAUUGCUAAAAGAGACUAUAAAUGUGCUGCUGGCAAUGGGCAGAAGAGCCUCACUGACAAAGUCCACCGAGACAUUGGGGAUUUUUUCAGACAGCUAUGGGGUCCUUACGCCGGCUGGGCACACUCGGUGUUAUUCUGUGCUGACCUCAAAAAGUUCCAGAAGCUGAAAGAGAUGCCGUCCUUUAAGCCAGAGGCGGAGGUGAAGGAGGAAAAGAAGGUUGUCAGCAAAAAGGCUAAAAUCAAAGUAGAGGAAAAUGGCACUGUAAAGGAUGGGAGAACAAGCCAACGUGUUAGGAGAAAGCAACGAUGACUGUACAAAACAAGGGGACGCUGUGACUUAGAGACUUCCUAGAUGCUCAUAGAGUUAGAAUUGGCUGGUGCUGAUACUGAUCACAUCAGACUACAUUACCCAAUAUUUGCUUGAUUUUUACACACCUUUAGUGGGAUGUCUUCUCUUGUGGUCUUCCCGUAUGUGGCGAUGAAAUCUGGAUAAAACCUUUUAAGAAUUAUAUCAAUUUUUCCUGACAUGGUAUAAUAAAACAUGGGACUGUCAUGAAA